AUGGUGAGUGAUGGCGAUGAGAGCUUGGUGGACGCUCCGGUGCAGGUGCGUUUCAACAACUGUUCAGAACAGGAUGCCAGCCUCAACCUGACUGUCCCUGGAGCACAGUACUUGACAGGGGAGUUUUCGGUGAUGAACAUGUUUCAUGACAGAGCAUCAUAUUCUCGCCCGGGAUCAAAUCCAGAACGGCAGCUUUUGUUGAGUCGAAGGGAGAAUGUAGAGCAGGUCCCUGAGGCUUGUGCCAAGUCGACGUGGUUGCUUCUGCAUACCAAUUAUUCCGACUUCGAGGACGCAGAGUCCAGCAAAGCUCCUGAGUUCUUCGGGGACCCCGUGGCUUGCAUAGAGCCGGACGUGGUUGGCAAAGCUUUCAAAAACGGCCAAGAGAUCAUUGAAUUGCAACUACUCCCAGCAGAGCUUGAUACACCAGCUGAUGCCGUUCAAAAUGGGAGCUUGUCUUUGGCGAUGCCAUCAUGCUCAAAGCCAACGGAAGACUUGCUUUUUGGAACCGUCAGCGUCCCCGACUAUUAUUCACUACACCCCUGCGAAUGCUUCGGGGAAACUCAUGCACACGUUGAGCCAGUAGAUGCUGAAUCCAAUGCAGCUGUACCCCGCAAAGCAGACGGCAAGUUCAAUGUUGGCUUGGUUCCCGACCAGCGGUUGUUCUCCGGGCCAUAUACCUGUGAGGAGAGUGCCUCUUUGGGUGAUCUAUUUCACAUUGACUUGGAAAGAUGCCAGCGAGCCUGCGCCUCCAAAGCACAAUGCGGGUUCUAUUUGUUUGGAAAGGCCUCCGAGAGAUGCACCCUGUUCCAAAGGUGCAACUACAUACAAGACGUUGGCUUACAAAUUGAGAACGAGUUGUAUGGAAUGGCUCCGAGUGGUAACUCUACUUAUUGUCACAUCGCAAAUCCGGAGAGAUGCUGGGAAGAGAUCAAGCGUCGAAGCAUGCUCAGCGUGGAACCAUCAGAAAUUCCGCCGUGCCUGUUCCAUCACCAGGCUGAUGCUUGCGAUGCUUUGCAACUUCUUCUCGGAAAGCAAGAUGGUUCUUGCACACGCUGCCGAUACAUGGAAGCUUCAACCUCAUUUGCCGAAUCGGGCCUCAGAAAAGUUCCGCUUCCCGAGUCGUUCUCUCCGGCUUCGCAGAUAUCAGCCAGUUGCAAUGAUACGUCUAGGUUGUUUGCCAAGAUUCGGGGUGGCGUUCAAUGGGAAGGCCCUCGGCAAAAUGCGACCUUCACUUGUGUCAGUGGUAAGUGGAUUGGUGAGCUUGGUUCCUGGCAAUAUAUGUCCAACUUCACGUGCCAAAGAUGUGUUCAAAUUGGAGACGCGAGCCUUCAGCGCCUGUCCUUGGUCUCCAUGCCUGAGGUGUACUUCUUGCAGAAACGGACGGUGCAUGUCACCUAUCCUUUUCAGACCGAUGGCUGUGCUCGAGCUGGCCAGCUCACAAUGGGCAAUCUCUUAAGAGCAAACUCCAGCCUGGGCUUGUACGUAAAGAAAGAGGACGCCGCGCUCGAUGUGGAGAUCACGAACUGGGGGGUUAAUUAUGGUUCUUACUUUUGGCUUGCCAGUUCUUCCAACCGGCUCCGCGUGAGCAUGGUCACUUGGGACUUUGAUCCUCCCAAGGGCACUUUGGUGGACAGUCCUGGGAACUGGUGCGUUUGCGACCAGCCUGUUCUCUCUGUGUGCCAGUGCGAUGAGCCUCAUGAAGGGAGCUUCGUGGUCAUGCAAAAUGGUUUGCUCCGAGGAUCCUCUGACCAGUGCGUUCACGUUGGCGCUGACAAGAAAUUGGGUUUGAUGCCUUGUCCAACGACCCGCGAUGAGAAGUUUCUUUGGCACUUCCAGAUUGGCAAUUGCUAUUUCAUCUUUGAAAUGGUCGACACGGCGGAGAAGCUUUGGACUGCCACGGCUGGAGAUUGGUGGGAACGUAAGCCCCUGAUACUGGGGAAUUUGGCUUUCGAAGAUAAAAGCUCAGAUGGAGGCCAAUUUCGGAUGUACGUGGAACAGGUUGGCAUUCCCAAUCAACUUUGCCUUGGUGCGCCUUGGGAUGAAACUAUGAGAGCCACAUCAGACUGCCGCUCAACCUUUCUGUGGAGAGGAGCCCAUUUGGUCUACUUUGAUCUUGGGGACACAAGCACCACAUACUACAUGCAGGCCGUGGGGAAUCUGUUGAAGCGCGCCAGGUCGACCACUCCUGAUGAUGACAGUUACAAGUUCAAUUUUGUCUCUGGCAAGAUCAUACCAUUCUCCAACAGCAAACUGUGCCUGAAAUUAGUCGGCCAGACGAGUGUCGAGUUCAGUCAGGAUUGCUGGCACGGCGCCUAUGGGAUUCGCUGGAAGGAAGACAAAGUUGUUCCUGCAGAACAUCAAUGGGGACAAUGGACAGAACUUGGCAGCUGUGAAGCCUCCAUCUCGGUGGUCAUGCAGCAGGACUCGAAUCCCAAUGCAGAGGCCCAGCUACUCAACCUCACCAUCGCAGACCUGGAGUCUUUAUCUAGCAAGGAAAAGGAGGCCUACAAGUAUUCCCCCGGGAUCCAUGUCUCCAUCCAGGACGCGAACAAGACCCUAUUCACUUGUUUGCCAGGUCAUGCAGAGGGACCUGUUGUGGAUGGAAAGUGCGCAACCUCGUGCGCCGACAAUGCCCCUGUGAAGAUUGAAGAUUUAUUCCAGGCGACAAGUUGGUUCAAAGACCAAGCCCAGACAGUAUUCAUCGAAAAAAGUUGCCCUGUCCUGAUGAAACCAUCAGCCACAGUGGACCCAAGCCUGGCCAAGAACACGGUUGACAAGGGCAUGACAAUGCAGCAGCUGACCGAUAUUCUUCGCUUGGCCUAUCACACCACACCUUUUGGUGACCCACAAGCGGCUCCCUUCAAUUUCUCAGCUGCAAGUGCAACAUUCGCCGAGACAGUGGGAUUCCUUAGCUUGCAGCCCGGUGGAGCACCGUGGGGCUUGAGAUGCCCACAAGGGGCCGUGGUCGCCUCCGAGGGCUCGACCAUGCCAUACUGCCGUUUCGUUGACGCAUUUGAUGAAAAGGUGUUCUUUUCGUUCUCUGGGUCAAUGAGUUGCCCCGAUGGCAGCGCUGUCAGCGGCUGGUACAAUCUACCUGGCAUCCCGGUGACAGCCGGCAAGUAUGGUGGCCCAAUCGCUGCUACAGGAGUGAGACUCUUUUGCCGUUCAACGGCCUUGUUGUCAUCGUGUCAGCCCCCAACAACGCCUUACUGUCAAGGGGGUGGAGUUGUUGCGAGCAUCUCCUUUGACUCCAACCAGUUCAAGCUCGGCUGCUGCAAGUUGCAGAGGCGCCUCGGCCUGACAUUGCUUUUUCCGUCACAGAGGGUUGUGGGCCCACCGAACCCCGGCUUUGAUGAGAUGGCUGCUGGGUACUACUGCCCCACCAGUGUGGACAUCACUGGCGCGCCAACUUACGAAAUGACAUCAAUUCCAAGACUCGGCGGCCCUGGCCAUUUUGAUAACACCUUGAGAUGGAAUCGCUUCAAGAAAAGCUGGGAUCUCAUUUGCAGGACUUGGAAGAAAAACUUCUCUUUGCCCGGAGAAGACGAGUCACCUGUGGCGGCGAACGCUUCAGGUGCAAACUUUUCAGUUUCCUUCAUCGAGCCGUUGACUGCCGCCUACUUGACUAUUCCAGACAUGUCAGGUUGGUAUGGAGCAGAUCUGGCGAGUUUAGCGGAAGCGUCUUCGAAAGAUUGCCUUCCACUUCAAUUUGGCCUGUCGAAAGUGAUGUGUGAUCUCUUCUGCAUCGACGAUGCUGUUCGCGCUGGAACUUCGACGGUUUUGAGCACCUUGAAAGAGUCGCAUGAUGUGCUGAUGACAAACAUCCAAGCGCUUGUGGACUACCAGACUCAAUAUUUGCUAUGGGCUAUCGGCACGGUACUCGAUCCCCAGAAAGUUUCGCUCGAAACCCACGAUAUCCUUUCAGUGCCAGCUUUGUUGGAAGAGUUGCGGCAAUUCCCGAACCAAGAAGAUCCCCUCACUUUAGACCGGGAGGUUUUGGAUUGGCACAGAGCCACUGGAAGCGACUUGAUUUCUCGAAUCACGGCGAUGUCGGUGAAUGUUUCUGUAGCCAAUUGGCCUCACCGGGCGAGAUCUAUAAAAGGCAUGCUGCAUCACUAUCGCACAAGUUUUAAACAAAGAGCUUGGUGGACGCAAUCGCGAAGCGUCAUCGGUCGCCCAGAAACACAUCCAGGGCAAAUUGCAUUUUUUGAGUCAUCAAGCUAG